GAAGCUGAAUAAAUUUGAAACUCCCAGCUCCGCGAGUUCCGAUAGACGUUAGUUUAGUACAUUGACGGCUUGCUUCGCGCUGUGAAUCAAACACGUGCUUCUAAUCCCCGGUGAUCUUACACACAACUAGAUCGCAUUUAAGAAGUCAAAAAAUUAACAACCAUGGAGGCUGCUUCAUUGAUCGUCCCGAAUCCUGAUACGGAGCUGGCGUUAGAGCUGAGUGAGCAAGUGUUUCUUGAUGAAGAGGACUACUCUCGUGCCCCGGCCUCGCCCACCACAGUACCAAAUGUCCGAUCUUACCGACCACCUUCUACAGGCUCCAAUAUAGCUAAGUCACCGCGUGCUCGCCGCGUGCGCACCGCGUCGAUGUCGCAGUCGACGAAGCGUACGGCGGCGGAGAGUAUACUGCACGCUGACAGGCGCACCAUCUACACUGCUGGUCGCCCGCCAUGGUACAACUGCACAGGUGGCCAAGAGGUCGAGCCCUUCCUCAUAGGUAUCUGUGGCGCUAGUGCCUCAGGAAAAACUACAGUCGCCGCCAAAAUUAUUGAAUCUCUUAAUAUACCCUGGGUCACCAUUGUCAGUAUGGACUCGUUUUACAAAGUGUUGAACGAGAAGCAGCACGUGGCUGCGCAGCGCAAUGAGUACAACUUCGACCAUCCGGACGCUUUCGACAUGGAGCUGCUGGUGAAAGUGUUGCAGAGGCUGCGGGAGGGCAAGAAAGUAGAAGUGCCCAUAUAUAACUACGUCACUCACUCCCGGGAGAGUCGCACUAAAACGAUGUACGGCGCGAACGUGAUAAUCUUCGAGGGCAUCCUGGCGUUUUACAACGCGGAUGUGGUGCGCAUGUUGGACAUGAAGGUGUUCGUUGACACCGACGCUGACAUACGUCUAGCCAGGCGUCUUAGACGUGACAUAGUGCAGCGCGGGCGCGAGCUGGAGGGUGUACUGAAGCAGUACAUGACGUACGUGAAGCCCGCCUACCAGAACUACAUAGCGCCAUGCAUGGCGCACGCCGACAUCAUCGUGCCCCGCGGCGGCGAGAACAAGGUCGCCAUACAGCUCAUAGUGCAGCACGUGCACAAGCAGCUGCAGCUGCGCGGGUUCAAGGUGCGGGAGAAGUUGGCUGUAGCACACAUCGGCCAGCCGCUGCCUGACUCUCUCUAUGUACUGAAGGACACGCCGCAAGUCCAAGGUCUCCAUACAUUCAUCCGCAACAAGGAUACGUCACGAGAUGAGUUCAUCUUCUACUCGAAGAGGCUGAUGCGUCUCGUUAUAGAGUUCGCGCUCUCCCUGCUGCCGUACUCCGAGCUGGAUGUAGACACGCCGCAAGGAUUCACAUACAAAGGUCGCAAAUGUGACGUGGAGAAGAUCUGCGGUGUGUCAAUCCUCCGCGCAGGUGAGACAAUGGAGCAGGCUGUGUGCGAUGUCUGCAAGGACAUCCGCAUCGGCAAAAUACUCAUACAGACCAACCAGCAGACUGACGAACCUGAGUUAUACUAUUUGAGAUUACCGAAAGACAUAAAAGAUUACCGCGUGAUCUUGAUGGACGCGACUGUGGCCACUGGAGCUGCGGCCAUCAUGGCCAUCCGUGUCUUACUUGACCACGAUGUCCCUGAACAUAACAUCAGCCUCGUCUCUCUGCUCAUGGCUGAGAUUGGUGUCCACUCUAUUGCCUACGCCUUCCCCCAGGUAAAAAUAGUAACAUCUGCAUUGGAUCCGGAGAUAAAUGAAAAGUUCUACGUAUUGCCGGGUAUCGGCAACUUCGGUGAUCGAUACUUCGGUACUGAGCCACCGUAUGAUGAGUGAGACGACGAUAUAUAAAUGUGAUGAGUGCGAGCGAGAUGGAUAGCAAUCCAGUGACGUCACAACUGCUUCAGGUAA